GCCCGGCUCCCGCUCCACCUCCGACGCACGGCCCAGGCGGGGCAGUAGCCGGCGUCUUCCUCGUACCGGAUACUGCGCCUGCGCGGGUACCCCCCCUUUGCGAUGACUGCCAGCGCCGUGGAGCAGCUGCGGAAGGAGGGCAACGAGCUGUUCAAAUGCGGGGACUACGAAGGCGCCCUGACCGCCUACACCCAGGCCCUAGGUCUGGACACAACGCCCCAGGACCAGGCCGUUCUGCAUCGGAACCGGGCCGCUUGCCACCUCAAGCUGGAAGAUUAUGAUAAGGCAGAAAAGGAAGCAUCGAAAGCCAUUGAAAAGGACGGUGGGGAUGUCAAAGCACUUUACCGACGGAGCCAAGCCCUGGAGAAGCUGGGCCGCCUGGACCAGGCUGUCCUUGACCUGCAAAGAUGUGUGAGCCUAGAACCCAAGAACAAAGUGUUCCAGGAGGCCCUGCGGAACAUUGGGGGCCAGAUUCAGGAGAAGGUGCGGUACAUGUCCUCGACAGAUGCCAAAGUGGAGCAGAUGUUCCAGAUACUGUUGGACCCAGAAGAGAAAGGCACUGAAAAGAAGCAGAAGGCUUCUCAGAAUCUGGUGGUGUUGGCCCGAGAGGACGCGGGAGCUGAGAAGAUCUUCCGUAGCAAUGGGGUUCAGCUCUUGCAACGCCUGCUGGACACAGGAGAGACUGACCUCAUGCUGGCAGCCUUGCGAACGCUGGUGGGCAUUUGCUCUGAGCACCAGUCACGGACUGUGGCAACCCUGAGUGUCCUGGGAACUCGGCGAGUGGUCUCUAUCCUGGGUGUGGACAACCAGGCUGUGUCAUUGGCUGCCUGCCACCUGCUGCAAGUUAUGUUUGAUGCCCUCAAGGAAGGUGUCAAGAGAGGUUUCCGAGGCAAGGAAGGCGCUAUCAUUGUGGAUCCGGCCCGGGAGCUGAAGGUCCUCAUCAGUAACCUCUUGGAACUACUGACUGAAGUGGGAGUCUCUGGCCAAGGCCGAGACAAUGCCCUGACCCUCCUGAUUAAAGUGGUUCCCCGGAAAUCACCAAAGGACCCCAACAACAGCCUUACACUCUGGGUUAUUGACCAAGGUCUGAAAAAGAUUCUGGAGGUGGGGGGAUCCCUGCAGGACCCUCCCGGGGAGCUCACGGUGACAGCAAACAGCCGCAUGAGUGCCUCCAUCCUCCUCAGCAAGCUGUUCGAUGACCUGAAGUGUGAUGCCGAGCGGGAGAAUUUCCACCGACUCUGUGAGAACUACAUCAGGAGCUGGUUUGAGGGCCACGGGCUGGCCGGAAAGCUACGGGCCAUCCAGACGGUGUCAUGCCUCCUGCAGGGCCCGUGUGAUGCCGGCAACCGGGCCUUGGAGCUGAGCGGUGUCAUGGAGAGUGUGAUUGCGCUGUGCGCCUCUGAGCAGGAGGAAGAGCAGCUGGUGGCCGUGGAGGCUCUGAUCCACGCUGCUGGCAAAGCCAAGCGGGCCUCGUUCAUUACUGCCAAUGGUGUCUCGCUGCUCAAGGACCUGUACAAGCGCAGCGAGACAGACAGCAUCCGCAUUCGGGCACUUGUGGGUCUCUGUAAGCUUGGCUCAGCUGGAGGGACUGAUUUUAGCAUGAAGCAGUUUGCUGAAGGCUCUACUCUCAAACUGGCCAAGCAGUGUCGAAAGUGGCUGUGCAAUGAUCAGAUCGAUGCCGGCACUCGGCGCUGGGCCGUGGAGGGCCUGGCUUACCUCACCUUUGAUGCCGACGUGAAGGAAGAGUUUGUGGAGGACGAGGCUGCUCUGAAGGCUCUGUUCCAGCUCAGCAAGUCCGACGAGAGGUCGGUGCUCUUUGCGGUGGCCUCGGCACUUGUCAACUGCACCAAUAGCUACGACUAUGAGGAGCCUGACCCCAAAAUGGUGGAGCUGGCCAAGUAUGCCAAGCAGCACGUGCCUGAGCAGCACCCUAAGGACAAACCAAACUUUGUGAGAGCUCGCGUGAAGAAACUGCUGGCAGCUGGCGUGGUGUCAGCCAUGACUUGCAUGGUGAAGAGCGAGAGCCCCGUGCUCACGAACUCCUGCAGAGAGCUGCUCUCCAGGGUCUUCCUGGCUUUGGUGGAAGAGGUGGAGGACCGAGGCACUGUGGUUGCCCAGGGUGGGGGCAAGGCUCUGCUUCCACUGGCCCUGGAAGGCACUGAUGUUGGGCAGACAAAGGCAGCCCAAGCACUUGCCAAGCUCACCAUUACCUCCAACCCAGAGAUGACCUUUCCUGGCGAGCGGAUCUAUGAAGUGGUCCGUCCUCUUGUUUCCCUGUUGCACCUCAACUGCUCAGGACUGCAGAACUUUGAGGCACUCAUGGCCCUAACCAACCUGGCAGGGAUCAGCGAGAGGCUUCGACAGAAGAUCUUGAAGGAGAAGGCUGUGCCCAUGAUUGAGGGCUACAUGUUUGAGGAGCAUGAGAUGAUCCGCCGGGCAGCCACGGAGUGCAUGUGUAACUUGGCCAUGAGCAAGGAGGUGCAGGAUCUCUUUGAAGCCCAGGGCAAUGACCGGCUGAAGCUUCUGGUGCUGUACAGUGGAGAAGAUGAUGAACUCCUGCGGCGGGCGGCUGCGGGGGGACUUGCCAUGCUCACCUCCAUGCGGCCCUCGCUCUGCAGCCGCAUCCCACAAGUGACCACACACUGGCUCGAGAUUCUGCAGGCCCUGCUUCUGAGUCCUAACCAGGAGCUGCAGCACCGGGGUGCCGUGGUGGUGCUGAACAUGGUGGAGGCCUCCAGGGAAGUUGCCAGCACCCUGAUGGAGAGCGAAGUGCUGGAGAUCCUAUCAGUGCUUGCUAAAGGCGAGGCGAGCCCCGUCACCAGAGCUGCUGCAGCCUGCCUGGGGAAGGCAGUGGAAUACAGGCUCAUCCAACCUAACCAGGAUGGAGAGUGAGGGCUUGACCCUGGGCCCAAGGCUAAUGUACACACCACACUGAGCACUGAGAACCCGGACAGCAGCUGCUUUGGCCAUUGGGGCUAGGACACUGAACACUUGCCUCUCCUUCCCAGCUGUUUUGAGUUAGGGACCACAGUCACAGCCCUGCUCUGCUGGCACUGCCUUCCUCAGAAGGGCCCUGUUGGUACACUACUGUAGAGAGCUGGAUGUGGGGAGGUGUAUCCCAUCCCAGCUGAAGGAUUCUGGGCAUCAAGAAGGACACCUGGUGUCAGCCUCACCAGCCGUGAACAUCACCCGAGCCUUCUAGUAGGCCCACCCCUCUAAUAAAGCGAGUGGAACUCAA